UUUCGAUCUCUGCUUUUUGUCGUCGCGUUUGGAACUGGUGGUACCAAAACCUCCUCGACUCUUGACUUGUGAAAGGGUUGCAUUCCUCUGGAUUAGGAAUAAGUUCUAGUCCCCUGUAUUUAGAAUGAUGCUCGCACAAAAAUGGCUGUGUGUGCACGUCUUUUGGGCGCUUUCCUGCCUCUUGUCGGAUGCGUUUGUCCCGGGGCAGCGCAGAUCGACCGUGUUGUCUCAGCGGACGCUGGAAAGGCCGAGCAGAUUUCAUCGCCCUGGCGGUAGCCUGCUCGAAAAUACCUUUGGCGGCGAAAUGGAGAUAGAGAAAGACACGAAGCAGCAAAAGCUGCCUUUUUCCGACAGGGAAAUGACGGUACUAACACAUAUUGCCGAUCCCGUUCCCGUCACGGAAGAGCAAUUUCGGCAGGACGAAGAAUACAUGCUUAGCGCUAUUCUCGAGGCUGAAACAGCUGGAGGAGAACGUGGUGUUGCGUCGGCGUUCCCCAAGCCGACUGUCGGUGCUGUUCUGGUGGCCGACGACGGACGUAUCCUCGGAAAGGCACGGAGUGAUUUUAGAAACGAUGCCGUUCGGGCUGCGAUUGCACAGGCGGGUCUUGAAGUAACACCAUUAUCUGAGUGGUGCGUCUCCUGGCCUUCCUCGGAACAGCUACGAAAAGAUCUGGAAACCAGUACUUUGUACGUGACCUUGGAACCAUCGUCCGAGCGGGAAGGUACGGCCCUUCCUCCUAUAACACAGCUGAUCGAGCUCGUUGGUAUUCCUCGUGUCGUCAUUGGAUGUGCCGACCCGAUCCAGGAACGACAUUCCAAGGGUGCCGCCGCCUUGCACUCUGCGGGCAUCGAAGUCCGCAUGGGAUCGGUAUUGGAAGAAGAGUGCGAAAAUCUGAUCGUGGCCUAUGCUCAGCUCGCGAACAGCAAGCUCCAUAAAAUGGCACGCACACAUUUCAACUUGUUUGGACGACCUCUCGGAUUUUUACACUGUUCGGUGGUGGAUUCGGACAAUAUCGAAGCGUUUGCUCGUCAGGGUAACGCUUUCGGUACCAAGUUCGGUGGCCAGAAUCUGAGUUUCCGGAAGUUUGGAGCAUACGAAAUCGCUCCGCCUCCCGAAGUCAUCUGGGCUGAUGAUGGCGACGAUGAUGACUUUGACGACGAAGAAUUUUUGUCGGUCGAAUUCGAAGAUGAGGACUUUCAGGGAGACAUGAGUGGAACUCCGAUGAUGCCAUGGUACGAGCAAGCCGACGCGGUAGUAGCAACGUUCCCCAAACAAGGGAACGGUCCCAGCGAUGAUGGUUCCUUGGCUGCUCGUUUGAGUGGGUUAAAAUGGUUGGCGACGCACGGAUGUGAUCUCCCCGCCGGCGUGGAGCGUAUCGUUGUCAUGGACGCCACCGAUCUGAAAGAACUCCCACUGAAAAAUGGUGGACCGGAUUUACCGAACCACGUGGAUAUUGAAAAGUUUUGGCGAGCUAACCACCGCAAGCCUACCCGUGUAUUGUUGCGUCGGGGAAACGAAGCUCAGGCUCGAGCUGCUGCCGAUGCUGCAGCUGCAGCGGCUAAAGCAGCCGCCGAAGCGGCCGCAGCGGCGGCGGCCGCCAUCGAGACCGGAGAUGCGGCCAAGGCAGCGGAAGCAGCAAUUCAAUGGCAAAAGAAUGCGGAGGAGUCUACAAAGCAAAUUCAGGAUGAACUUCUUAAAUCACAAGCUUUGAAACGUAACCUGGAGGAAAUGGGUGUUAUUGUCGAAUUGCUGGACGGAAGCGAACCGAUCGAUGUCAUGAAACAUUUAGGCGAGCGCAGUGGUCUGCACACAAUUGUAUGGAGAGCGGGCUGCUGGGGUGAGCGCGGAGUACAAUCUAUUUUGGCGGGUGCUUUUCAAUGGGUAUCGGCUCACUUGGCUGUUGAUGCGGUGGGCGGAAAGUUCUGGCAGCUCAUGUUGGCGGAGAAUGCGGUCCAAGCGGCAUGCGGACCCGAACGCAAAGUCAAAGUUUUUGCCGACCAAGAGGACAUUUCUCUGGAGUACUGCGAUGAGCCUGCGGCUGACAGCGACUGUAGUAUGACAAUUAACGGACGUCCAGUGCGGCAUAUUCGACUAGAUUGCCGUGUAGCAUUGGUCGACUCCAAUCGGCCUCGUGAAUUUGUCAUUGCCAAGACGAAAAAGUUGGACCGCAAAAUUAUCGAAGAAGACGCGCCUUGGUUUCUUUAAGCUGAGGGCGUCAAUAGUUGAGCGUAUAGAUGUGCAAUAGACAAAAGCAUGCCACAUCAAAAUACUUAAUUUUACGUUCCAG